AUGGCUUUGGAUCCCAAGCCCUCAUUCAUUAGUCAGCCCGCUCCCCAGCAACCGCUGGAAGAGGCGCCUCCCGUCGACGAACAAACACCGUUAAUCAAGCCCGGCAAAGCGAUAAUGGAAGAUGGGGGUCCGGCAGGUAUUCCGGUACCCCGCUCUCGUAACGAUGCCACCACUUCCCCCGGAUCGCGACGUCUACCGCAAGCCAUAGCUCACCGAGGAUACAAGGUCGUCGCCCCAGAAAAUUCGAUGCUCGCGUUUCGAGCAGCUGUUGAGGUGGGCGCGCAUGCCAUCGAGACCGACUUACACCUAUCUAAAGACGGCGUCGUUGUUCUAUCGCAUGAUGCCGCACUCAAGCGAUGCUUUGGAGAGGAUUCCAAGGUUCGCGACCACGAAUGGAGAUACCUAAGCACAUUACGAACAAUACGUAAACCCGAGCAAUCUAUGCCCCGCCUAGUCGAUCUGCUCGAAUAUUUAAAUCAGCCGGGGGUAGAGCACGUUUGGAUUAUGCUUGAUAUCAAGACGCAUGACGAUGCUACCGAACUCUUGCGAAGGACGGCAGAAGCCAUAGCUUCGGUGCCGGGGAUACGGCCGUGGAGUGAGAGGAUAUUACCUUGCUGCUGGAAUAUAGAAUACGUGAAGCUAACCAAGGAGUUCCUACCCGGGUUUCCGAUCGCCCACGUAGGAAUUUCAAGCGUAUAUGCAAGGGCGCUUGCGAGCUUCAUGCCUAGCCUGUCCGUCAGUAUGGUACGCAAUCUUUUAGCUAUGCCAAUUACCGGCUGGCGCUUCAUACGGGAUAUGAAGAAGUCAGGUCAUCCCAUUUACACGUGGACGGUUAACGACGAAUCUUGGAUGGAGUGGAGCAUCCAGAAAGAGCUCGAUGGUGUUAUAACAGACGACCCUAAGUUGUUCCUAGAGGUUUGUAAUCGUGCCGCGGGUAAAGAGGCAGACGGCCGGGCGAGAAGACCGGCCACUAGACCCCUCAAGAUCAUCGCGAGAGAUAUGUUUGAUUGGGUACGGUACAUUCCUCUCAUGGCCCUGAUCAUGACCAUCUACUUCGUUAGAUACGGGUUGCCCCAGACACAGGUUCGAAAGACGCUGGGCAGUAAAUAG